GCCGGUCGGGUGCGCUCGGGUGAGGAACGGAACAGAGUCUCCUUCCUCUGCGCGCCGCCCCUCACCGUCGAGCUCGCUGCCGCGCGACUCCUCCUGCCAAGCUGCGCCGCGCCCCUCCCCAUCGGCAUCGCGGCCGCGCCGGGAUUCCUCAUUCUCCCAGGACGCGCCGCCUCCUCGUCUCCCCCCGGACCGCGCGGCGCCGCCUCCCCUCCCCGUCUCCGGCCGCCGCGGCCUGAGCAGCUCCGCGCGGCGGCGAGACCUCGCCGGUGUUUCCUCGCAAGCCGGCCACGCCAACCGCGACAGCUGCACGCAGGCAGUCGAGGCAGAUUACAGGGGCACCGCACACAGGCAAUCCAAAAGCCAGGCUCGGCGCCCCCACAUCUGGCUGGAAUGCUGGAUUGGCUGGCCCCCUCUCUUCGGUCUGACAUGAUCUCCUCCUCGCUCCUCUCGCGCCCCCGCCUCGCCCCGCGACCCGCAUCCGCCGCGGCUUCCCCCUGCCGCGCCCGCCUCGCGAGCGGCGGCGGCGCGCGCGGGCUCGCGGCCGGCGUGCGGUGCCAGGCGCAGGCGGGGGACAUGGACGCGCACUACAUGCGGCGCUGCGUCGAGCUGGCGCGGACGGCGGCCGGGCACACCAGCCCCAACCCCAUGGUGGGCUGCGUCAUCGUCCGCGAAGGCCAAGUCGUCGGCGAGGGAUUCCACCCCAAAGCCGGCCAGCCCCACGCCGAGGUAUUCGCUUUGAGAGACGCAGGGGAUUUGGCAGAGAAUGCAACAGCUUAUGUGAGUUUGGAGCCCUGCAACCACUAUGGGAGAACCCCUCCCUGCACUGAAGCACUCAUCAAAGCCAAAGUUAAGGAGGUUGUGGUGGGGAUGACUGACCCAAAUCCUAUUGUAGCAUCUAAAGGGAUUGAAAAACUCAGAAACGCCGGCAUAGAUGUGAGGGUUGGUGUGGAGGAAGAAUUAUGUCUCAGAUUAAAUGAGGCUUAUAUUCACCGUAUGCUUACUGGGAAGGCCUUUGCAACUUUGAGAACUACACUCUCGAUGAAUGGAAUUGUCAUAAAUCAAAUUGGGAGCGGAGCUGAUCAACCAGGAGGAUACUACUCCCAAUUAGCGAAAGAAUACGACGGAGUUAUAAUUUCAAGCGACAUGGCCAAGGCGACUACUUUACCAAUAUCACAAGAGGCUGGCGCAAAGCAGCCUCUUUACAUCAUCAUAGUGCAGGGAGAAGGUUCUGAAUUACACAUCCCGUUUCUCGACGAGGAGUCGGCAUCUAACGCCAUAGUCCUUGCCGAUAGUCCCGUCACCGUGGAGCCAUCGGGAGUCAGCGUCUCGGUCCUCGACCAGAUGAACCUAGAGUCCAUCCUUCGACUUCUCGCGGAUCGAGGGUUGUGCAGUGUGCUGGUUGAUUUCCGAGAUGCCGGAGGCGUCCUGGUGCCGCUGCUGAGCAAGUUUCAAGAGGACAAGCUGGUGCAGAAGGUUGUUGUGGAGCUCUCACCUGUCUGGGUGGUGAGCCCUGGGCCGAGCGACCUGGCGUUUGGUGGCAGCCAGUCGUUUCCACUCAAGAAUGUGGAGCACAAGGAGGUGAAUGGAACUUUGCUGCUCGAGGGAUAUUUGUAGCAUCUUAUCUUCUCUGUCUGAAGAUUUGUGGCCUCCUUUUGUAAACACCCAGCCAUGUAAACUUGAGCCUGAUUCUUAAAACCCCACCACCUCGAUCCCGCU